CUCGUAUGCGAUUUCGAUGGUUGUUUGUCGUCCACGCACGACAACCGAGGGAUGAGCUAACUAGACGUCGAAUUAAGCCGGCACUGCGAAACGCUUUUAAAAUUUAAAUAAUGCAUCGUUGCCCGACCCGUCUCUCCCUUCUCACGGCGCCGGAAUUUCUCAUUGUCCGCGUUCCUUCACCUGUCGACCCUUGUUGCCUCGACUUUUUGGCAGUUUUUGAGAAACGCCCGGACGUCGCAACCUGUUACCAUCAACUUGGGCCGAUGCCGAGCGUCUCGCUCGGCUUCCCGUUUUGCCCCGGAAAACGAAGACGGCUGACAAGGAUGUUGUACCGUGGAGGAAACUUUCUCGCGCAGCUUCGGAAAUAUCGCGUGCUCUCUCGUAGAUAUAAAAACCGGAUUUCCAGCCGGAGCCAUCUUCGAGAUUUCAUGUGAAACUCGAAAGAAUCGCGAAAGCGUGGAAGAUAUCGAAGAUACCUUGCUCGCUCGUCAAUCUUCCCGGAAACAUGAUUGAGAUGAAUGGGCCAGCAAGGCUAUCAGAUCAUAAUUUUAUUACGCGCAGGAUAUCGAACACAUGUUGUUAUAGCGGUCACAAUUGA